UCUUAAACUAAAAAUCAAGUCUCCGCCUUACCCACCUUCUCCCGUUUCCACCGUUUCGUGUAGCUUCCUCCGUUCUCGCUCACCGGCGAUACCUUCGUUGGCUCUUAAACAAUACCAAUUGUUUUGAUCUGAGUUGUUGGAUCUCUAGAAUUGGGACUGCUUUCUUGAUCGAAUUGGGUUCUACCUUCACUAUAACUAUAGUUAUUGGUAACAAGAUGUCUUCAGCUCAAGAUCCAUUUUAUAUCGUGAAAGAGGAAAUUCAAGAGUCUAUUGAUAAGCUGCUAUCUACUUUUCACCAAUGGGAACGGGCUUCUUCUGAUCCUGAAGACCAAAUGCAUCUCACAAAGAAGCUAGUUGCCGGUUGUGAGAGCAUUGAGUGGCAGGUGGAUGAGCUAGACAAAGCAAUUGCUGUAGCAGCUAGAGAUCCUUCUUGGUAUGGGAUUGAUGAAGUAGAGCUUGAAAAACGAAGGAGAUGGACUAGCACUGCUCGUGUUCAGGUGGGCAAUGUGAAGAAAGCAGUUGUAGCUGGAAAAGAGGUGAAUACUAAUGGGACUACCAGUGUAAAUGGAAUGCGCAGAGAGUUAAUUAGGCUGCAAAAUUCUCAUCAGAAAGAUAAAUCCAACCCAUAUGCUCAAGAUGAUGAUUUUAUACAAUCAGAAUCAGAUAGACAAUUGCUUCUUAUAAAGCAACAGGAUGAGGAGUUGGAUGAGCUUAGUGCAAGUGUGGAGCGAAUUGGAGGUGUUGGGCUUACUAUACAUGAAGAACUCCUUGCACAGGAAAAGAUUAUAGACGAUUUGGGUAUGGAAAUGGACAGUACAUCAAAUCGUCUCGAUUUUGUUCAGAAAAAAGUAGCUAUGGUAAUGAAGAAAGCCGGUGCAAAGGGACAGAUCAUGAUGAUUUUAUUUUUGAUCGUUUUGUUCAUUAUUUUAUUUGUUCUGGUUUUUCUUACUUAAAACUAUAAAUUAGCCGGCGGAAAGCCUGUGAUGUGCCUGCACGAGAGAGAGAGAGAGAGAGAGAGAGAGAGAGAGAGAGGGAGAGGUCAUACAAUGAGGAAUACAGAAGCGAGAUCUAAUUACAUCAAGUAAAGCCUAGAAAUACUAUCAAGUGAAGUAUGAUAGUUGUUGUUGAAGGUUUUAGUGGCUUCUGAACUGGAGUGGCAUUUGAUUUGUAGCUGUUUUUGAGUUGUAAAUAUCAUGCGAGAUUGGUUCGUA